UAAAGGGGAAAAAAAUGAAUUAGAACCAUUGCUUCCCGAUUAUUUAAAAGAUUCUUUACUAGAUAGAUAUAAUAGAAAAUUAAGAGAUCCGAUUCCAAUACCUACUUGUUGGAAUGUAAAUGAUUGUUCUUCAGAUCUGAAAAUUGAUGAUAAUCUAUGUUCGGUUAGAUAUAAGGGGAACAGGAAGGCUGCAGCGGUUAGAGCAAAUGAUUAUAUUCCAGAAGAAACUGGAGUUUAUUAUUUUGAAGUUGAUGUUAUAGAAGGUGGAGUUACAGAUGAUGGAAGGCGCGAGUACUCUUAG